AUGUUAUCGGGGUUAAUGAACUUUUUGAGGGCCUGCUUUUGGCCGAAGGCAGGUCAAUUUGCUCCUACGGGUUCUGAUGCUGGUGGGCGUCAAGAUGGGCUUCUGUGGUACAAGGAUACAGGACAACAUUUUAAUGGAGAAUUUUCUAUGGCUGUAGUUCAAGCUAAUAAUUUACUUGAGGAUCAGAGCCAACUUGAAUCUGGUUGUUUGAGCUUGCACGAUUCUGGGCCAUAUGGUACUUUUGUGGGAAUUUAUGAUGGACACGGUGGCCCAGAGACUUCUCGGUUCAUUAAUGAACACCUCUUUCGACACCUCAAGACAUUUGCUGCAGAGCACCAUUCUAUGUCAGUGGAGGUAAUACGGAAGGCAUUUCAAGCUACAGAAGAUGGGUUUUUCUCACUUGUCAGCAGACAAUGGCCUUUGAAUCCACAGAUAGCAGCAGUUGGUUCGUGCUGCCUUGUCGGAGUUAUCUGCAAUGGAACACUCUAUAUUGCCAAUCUUGGUGAUUCCCGUGCUGUUUUAGGGAGACUUGUUAAGGCAACAGGGGAAGUACUAUCCAUUCAGCUCUCUUCAGAGCAUAAUGCGAGUAUUGAAUCUGUGAGACAGGAACUGAAAUCUAUGCACCCUGAUGACUCACAAAUUGUUGUUCUAAAGCAUAAUGUGUGGCGUGUGAAGGGCCUUAUACAGAUUUCAAGAUCCAUCGGUGAUGUUUAUUUGAAAAAGACUGAAUUCAACAGGGAGCCAUUAUAUGCGAAGUUUCGACUUCGUGAACCUUUUAAAAGGCCAAUUUUGAGCUCGGAACCAUCAAUUUCCGUACACCAAUUGUUACCUCACGAUCAGUUUAUAAUAUUCGCAUCAGAUGGCCUUUGGGAGCACCUUACUAAUCAAGACGCAGUCAAUAUAGUUCAAAAUCAUCCACACAGCGGAAGUGCUAGGAGAUUAGUGAAAGCAGCAUUGAAAGAGGCAGCAAAGAAAAGAGAAAUGAGGUACUCGGACUUGACGAAGAUUGAGCGUGGAGUUCGUCGGCAUUUCCACGAUGACAUCACCGUUAUUGUAGUUUUUCUUGACUCAAAUCUUGUGAGUCGGGCUAGUUCUGUUAGGACUCCCAACAUAUCCGUCAAAGGGGGUGGCAUCACUCUGCGUCCUAACACUCUUGCGCCUGGCACUUCUUGA